GCCCAAAGAAACCUCAUGAAGCAAAGAAACAUCGACCACCACCAAUUCCUGGUGAAGAAGAGAUAGUGAAAGAAAAGAAAAAAGAAAAAUCACACAAAGCUCAUGCCCCCGAUGAUGAAGAAAAACCAAAAUCAGAAAAACCACACAAAAGUCACAAAUCAAAACAUCCACCACCACCACCACCGCCGCCGCCACCACCCAGUCUUAAAACCGUGGUAAUACGAUUCCUCAUAGGACACGACUGCGCCACAAUAUGUCUUAUACUUAUCUUCUUCCUUGUUGUCAUCACUUUGUGGAUGGCCAUUCUGGUGUGGCAAGAAAAGGUGAGAUAUGAGCCUCUUCGUAAGGCAAUACAGAACAUUAGGAAGUUCAUGGUUGCACAGAAUCCUGACCUUAAGGUAUUUAAUGAUGUUGAUAUAAUCCUGGAAGCUGAAAAGCUUGCAACUCAACUGUUGCCAUGGUCUACAAAGCUCAAUGAAAUUGAAGCUGAGAUUACUAACGUUCAAUACAAAUUGAAUCAUGACUGGAUGGCAUAUAAAGGACACCUUUAUUCAUUAAAUGACAGGUUAAGUGACUAUUAUGAGUUCAGACAGUAUUGUGAAGAUGAAAAAGCUGCACUUAUUUCAGAUAUAAGUGAGGAAGAGGAGAAGUUCUUAGAAGAAGUAGCUCAAAGAAAGCAAGGUCCUUACUACAUCGGAUUAGUCCUUAGUUACUUAACAGAUAAGUGGCAGUGGUACAAUCUUGGAACUGAACCUCCAAAAUCGUACUGGAUGGAGGGAGAACCACGUGACCCUUAUAAUAAUAUGUGUGCAGCAAUUCACAAUGAAUGUAUAACCCCAUUGAUGUGUUGGGUCAAUCUGGACUGUAUGACGGUAGGAAGAGGCAUUUGUAAGCAGAAACCUGAGGACAAAUGGAUAAACUAAUUCUUUGCUGAAUGUUGCACAAAAUUGUAUUUGAUGAACUCAGUGAGAAAAAAAAUGCCAAUCGGUGAAGCUGCCUCUUAAAAACAGUUGCCCCAGUCAGCCACUGUGGGGGCAUGAAAGAACUCCAGACUUUGACUUCCGCUUCCAAACACCUUUUCCAUCCAGACUUUUCAGAGAUGAAAGACACUGUCUUAUUUAGCAAAUAAAAAAGAAUGAAAAAAAAAAAAACCCUGGUAUUUUCUGUUUUCAUUCUAUUUAGUUCAGUGCUGGGUGAACUUUAUUGCUUGUAAGCUGCCCAGAGUCGCUGAGAGUGAUGGACGGCCAUAUAACUCUAAAAUAAAUAAACAAGUACAACUUGUUGUACAACAUCCUGGAGUAUUGAAAGCCCCCCUGAACUCCACCCACUCACCACCCCAGGAUUUGCCAAUGUAGAGAUUUGGUUUUAUUGAUUUGUUUAUUUAUCCAUCGCACCUGUACUCUGCUGCCUUCAAAAAUGUCCUUGGCCUACCUAGAAUACAAUAGAAGGAUUCACAACAACCAUUGUUCUUCAAUGCAUGAAACCAUGUGAGAGGCUCAACAAGAACAAUAAAAGCAUCACUACACACACAAAAA